CAAGUGAAGAAAGCAGGCGAUUUGGGAUGCGAAGAAAGAAAGACUUUGAACAGAGAAAACAGAGGAGAAAACGCGUGGUAUUCUUCGUCAUUUCGAAAUGUGCACAGAGUGCGAAAAACAAGGUUUUCCUCGACGAAGAAAUCCGUUUCCUUGGCGAACGCAGUUCUCGUUCCAAGCCGCUGUUUGUUUUUUCUGUAUCUCUCCACUCCUCCUUCUCAGUCUCCUCUCCUUCGCCUCCUCGUUCCCUUCCUUCUGCGUUUUCUUCUCUGUCUCCUUCUUCUUGCUUUCUUCUUCGCUUUCUUCUCCUCUUGGCUCUCUCUCCCCUGUUCCCUCACGCUCUCCUCCUCUUCUUCUGCAUUGCCCUCACUCCGUGGAUCGCCCCGCGAGAAGAGGUCGAGGAAGUUCGUUCCGUUUUCGCUUCGCGAGGCGACUUGCGUCGCUGUCGCUCCAGUCUCGAGCGCUUCGCGGCUCUUUUGUGGGCUCUUCACUCGUCUGCGCGCGUUCUCUUCACUCGUCUGCUCGCGUCCUCUUCACUCGUCUGCGCGCGUUCUCUUCACUCGUCUGCGCGCGAUGCCACUGCACAGUCUCGUAGAUGUGCGGCACGCAGGUCGCUGGAAAGGAAGAGGCCUUUUCGCGAAGACCUACAUUCGUUCGGGGAUGGAGAUUCUAUCUGCCAUCGAACCUCUCGUCUUUGUUCCUGUCGCCGACCCCUGCUGUGCAAUCCAUCAACCGCUUCGUCACUCCUCUCCUUCUUCUUCAUCAUCUCCUCCCUCUUCUUCAUCUUCUUCUUCCUCUUCUUCCUCUUCUUCAUCAUCUUUGCGAAUUGCUGAAGGAGAGAGAGAGGCAGAAGCGAGAGUUUCCGAGCAGGGACUGAAGGAGGCCGAGAAGGACUUUGAGUUUUCUGGAAAAAUCCGUACCGGCAAGCACUCAGCAAGUCGCCCAACUGCUUGCGCGUUCUGCCUCACUCCAGUGAACCAUGUGACUCUGUCGACCUCAGCGAGACGAGGUGACUUCGAAAACAGAAGCGGCAAAGUCCUGAGAUGCUCCAGGUGUCGCUGCACCUUUUACUGUUCUCCUCGCUGUCAACGACAAGCCUGGGCGGAACACAAGAAAGAAUGCGAACUCUUCGGGGAGAUUUUUCGCGCCUCUGGGGGCUUGUUCCCGACAGCUGUGCAGCGGCUGCUGCUCAAGUGUCUGCUUCGGCGAAUCGACCUCUCGGCGUUCGCGUCGAGAAGUCCUCUUUCUCCUCUUGAGCCUGGGCGAGACUCUACUGACUGCGAGGGGAUCCCAUCGACGGUCUCUGGAGACGGAGAGGAAGCUCAGGGGCAAGCGCCGCGCGAGGUCGACAGAUGCCCAUGCGAGCCCUUCGACUCUCUCUCUGUGAGCGGAGACGACUCCAGUCGAGGUGAGGGAGGAGAACCAGGCGUUCGGUGUUCCUGUUUUCGAGGAGACCACGGUGAGUCCCUGGCGACGGUUCGCGAAGCAACAGAGAAGGAGGAGUACAUCGCCGCGCGUUCGUUUGUUUCUCUCUUUCUCUUGACGCUGAAAAAGGCGGUGGCGGCCGGCGCGUCUCCCGCCGACUCAGACACGGCGCCUUCGGCUCGCAUGGAGCAGUCGAGCUUAGCGCGUUUCGCUCAACGCAUUGAACAGGAGUUCUCUGUCGAGCAGUUGACAAACCUGCUGUUGAAAUUGUCGCGAAACAUGCUGUCCAUCCUGUCGGGAGAAGCUCGCGAGUCGGGCGUCGGCGCCGCUCGGAGGGAUGCUUCCACACGUGUCGACGGAGCGAGCUCAGAAGGAGACUCGUACGCAGCGUCACCGAACAGUCAGACAGAUCCUCGAGCUUUUUUCCUCGACAGCUGCAACUCUCCACAGAGCGGAUCCUGCCCUUGCUGCUUCACGGACAGCGUCUGUGCUCAGGGGCUGUACCCUUUCCCGAUCAACUGCAUGAACCACAGCUGCGCGUACAACGCGAGAGCGGUCUUUGGCGGCCGCUCGCACUUGCCGCUAGCGAUUCGCUUUGUGGCGACUCGAGACAUCCGAGAAAACGAAGAAAUCUGCAUUUCGUACGUACCUCGUGUGGCUUUCAGCCGCUCCACAGAACGGAGAAAACAUCUGCUGAAAGGGUACGGAUUCCUCUGCUGCUGCCAUCUCUGUUGCGGCUGUCUGCCUGCCUCAAGAGACGCGCCCAGGCCGGACGCCGCAGCUUCGAGGCCUCCCGGGGAGCUGGCGGACGCCAGCCACUGCGGGGGCGAACCGCGAGAAAAUGGGCAAGCGAAAAACGCGUCGAAGCUCGAGAGGCGAGACACCUCAGAGGACGCGACAGGCUUCUCGGAAGGAGGCCCCAAACCAACAAGCGGGGGGGAGACGCAAAGGGAGCGAGGGGAGCGAGGGGAGUCCGCGGCUCGUCGCUUUUCCCUGAGCAGGGCGUUCGACUUGCAACUCGCGAACGUUUUGUUCUGCAGUUCGGACGCCUGUCGCGCCCUGUGCUUCACUCCAAAAGCCGACGCACUCUUGGCCCUGGAAGACGAAAGGCGACUGAGGUGGCGAGGAUUGGGUGGAACCGCUCAGCGCGAAAAACGCAGUUUCCAGCGCGCAGACGCAAGCGACAGCAUGCAGUCUGUCUCAGACAUGGACAGGGAACACAAAGAGUCGUGGGCAAAGCAGAUUCGCCUGCGACUGCCUGUCCGUUGCUACCAAGGAGAUCCCGGAGGUCGGCGCCUGGGAAACGUCGUGGAUCUGUCACGACAGAUGGAACCGACGCGCGCCGUCUGCUGUGUCUGUGACGGGGAACUGACGAAAAGAACACCAAGUGGAGGCGGCGGCCGCCGUUCACGGCGAAGCCUCCCCCGAAGUCGCCCACGAGCUGCAAGCUGCUGGCCGCCUCCUUCUUUUUCUGGGAGAGGGGAAUGAAGCAGAAGCAAGCAAAGCCUGGCAGACCUGGCAGGAGGGCGAGAAACCGGACGCGGGGGAGGCGCCGGACGCGGAGAAAAGAACAGACCUCCACUCAGAGGUGCUCACAGCAAGGGAGAAAGUUCUCUUGCAGAGCUACGAGUGUCUUCGACGCGCUUGUGGAGUCUACUUCGCCCUGUUUGGAGGCAGCGACAUGCGAACGCGCGAUGCCGAACAAGUUCUUUCGCACUGCUCCAGAGCUCUAAACGACCUCAGAGACACUUGAUCGACUCCACACAUACGCAACUGUCUGUGCUGACGUUCCAGUGUCCAGCAGAAAUAGGUCCACCUGCCUAAAUCAAUAAACUGCAACGCCUUUGGGCGAGUGUCGAGAGACCUACACAUACCCAUCUGCACACAUACAAGCAUAUAUAUAUAUAUAUAUAUAUAUAUAUAUAUAUGUGUUUAUAUAUGUAUAUAUAUAGAUAUAUAUUUAUAUAUAAAUACAUAUGCAUAUAUGUAUAGAGAGAGACGUCUACGUGAGUGCAUAAGCAGCGCGUGGCUUAUGAGUGGAAGUCUCUGGUUUUCUUGUCUGGACGACUUGGUUUUCUGCUGGUGGAGCAAGUCGUUGAAAAGGACUUUCUACGAGUAUCGGGAAGUGAGUCUGUAUCGGGCGGGGUCCGCAUUCAUGUCGACCGCGGGAGUGUCGAAUUCGCGGCGAACUCUGCAUAGGAAACGCGGCGACAGCCGUCCACGUCCAAACGUAGCGAACAGACUGCUCUGCGCGCGAGGAGGGGCGCUUCUAUCGAGAGUCCGAGAAGUUUCUUCGCACGCAUAUGCACCUCGAUGACUGCAGUAGGGCGAAGUAGCGGUAAAAACGAACACAGUUCUCUGAAAACGACGCGAAGGCUGCUCUCACACCCCCCACCUUUUGCGGUGAUGUCAGUCCUCGUCUCGAGUUCAGACGUGGAACGCGCAUGCGUACACCUUUGCCCCGUCCAUGACAACGGCAGAGAAGCGCUGCGGAAGUUUUCUGCUCCUCGUUUCAACAACGAAAUGCGAGAAACGCGUCUUUCGCCGGACGCCCGAUGGCUUUUUCCCCCUUCCCCUCCCUCCCUCCCCCCUCCGCCAGCUCACUUCUGCAGCACAGCUCCUCAACUGGGUGCCCGACAGUAGACGGGUCUCGCCAUGUUUUCUCCCGAAUGCGCCGCCUGCAUCUUACACGAGCUGCCUUCUUGUUGACCGGAAGAGUUGGAAGCACCGCUCCGUUCUUUUUCAGGUGCAAUCGACGACUCCCGACCUGCGGGGAAACGCAAGUUGCCUGGCCUGUCGCGAAAACGCGUUUCUCGCAUCUCGGCCCCUCGCGUUAGGAGCGAGCACCCCGCUCUCGUGUCUGCAUUUUCUUCCAAGAAAGAGAAAGACAAGCACCGCAAAAGUCGUCAGAAACGUCGGUUGUUCCAGUCAAAGCUGCACUGGGUGUUCCAUGUCUUCUUGAGCUAGCCUCCCUGAGACGCAGCCCGCUUCCGAGGAACUAGCCAGGAAGAACGGGGUGAGUUCUAGCGUUGUGUCGGCGCAUUCUUCCACAGUUUUGCGUUUCCGGAACGCCGCGUUCCUCUCUCAGUUCACUGAGUUUCUUGUCUUGUCGGAUUUAGUGAAGAAGUCGCUCGACAGCCACACCUGGAACUCGUGGAAAUACCCCGCGAAUUCCUGCCCCCGCACAGCGAACCGGCUGCGAGCGCAGGCGCCAGUGUUCAUUUGUCUGUCUCUUUUUCUGGAUUUUUGCCGUCGUUUUUCCCUCGAGUACCCUGUCGAGUUCAACCGGCAAAUAUGCCGUUGACCGGGCCCCGCGGAGCUCUCGAUGGAUGCGGUAAAAGCGAGGUUUCAACGGAGUGGAAGCUCGGCGAGAACCCCAGAUCUCGCGCAUGCGCUGUCUUGUGGCCGGGGAUAUCAAGAGGGUCAAGAGAAACAGCUCGAGUUUCCAGCGGAGCUGAAAAAAAAGCUGAUGUAAAAUGCACUUGAGGUCGACAGACACUCUGUUGAACAAGCCCUGCGUUUCGCAACUGGACCAACGAGAUGUUUUUGAUAUCCUCACGGUUUCUUUCCUUUAAAAAUCCGUCUCGUGACCUGUUUCACCCCACGACAAUCCGUCAAGUCAACAAGCAAGGUCCAGGGAAUCGAAGUCGUCUUUGUAAAUCUACUCCUCCUGCUUCCGGUUAAUAUUGAC